AGCUUGAAAAGAUGAGCCAAACGAGCUCCAUGAAGCUGCUGGGCGCCCGCAACAUGUCCUGCAUUGUGGAGCGCAUGGAGUGGAACAACAAGAUGGACCUGAUUGCCUACGGAACGGAAAAGGGCGAGGUGGUCAUCCAGCGGCUCAACUGGCAGAAGAUCGUCACCUUUCCCACGCCCGGCGAGGAUGUGCGGGUGCGCUCCCUCAGCUGGCAGAUGGACGAAACGCUCCUGGCCGUGGGCUACAGCAAUGGCAAGGUGGCUCUGCUGGACGCCGAGAGCGAGACGAUCAUCUCGGGCCUCAUCUACGAGGAUGACAUCAAGAAGGUCUACUUCAGCAAGGCCAUCAAUGCGCAGGAGAACUUAGGCACCUACACCUGCAAUGCGAAGGACAAGCACCGCCGGUUCCUGCCCAAACUGCAACCGCUGACCAAUAUCGAUCCCUGUCUGAAAACCCUCGACCAGAAGUCCUUUCCCAAGGGUUCGCCCUGCUUCCUCGUGGUCAUCAUGCGCAGCGGCAAGGUGCAUCUACUGCUGCUCGGCGCCCUGCAGGCGGGCAGCAUUGAUCUCACCCAGCACAUCCUGCAUCCGGAGCAGUUCGAUGUGUACGAUGUGCGGCUAAAUGGCGACUUUAAUGCCAUCUAUGCCCUGCUGAGGGACGGCCAGGAGCUGAAGAUGCUGCACUUUCACAACCAGGUGCUGCAGGAGUGCAUGGCGCCCAUGCUGGAGCUGGCCACGCACUGUGCGCACAUCCUGGAAACUAAGAACUACAUAAACGACACACAGCAAUGCCUGACGGAGGCCUGGGAGACCGUGCAGCUGGAGAUGGACAACAAGCUGACCAAGUACGCCAAUUCCCAGCCCUACGGCUUGAUCUCGGCCCAUUUUUUGGAGCUGCACGUCUUUGGAUUCGCUACCUUCGAGGUGGAGGAGUUUCUGUUCGAAACGCUGUCCGAGAAGGGCUUCAAGAAGAUCGCCAACUCGGUGGACUUGAGUCUGAGCAAUCUGCAGAGCCUGGUGUUCAAGCAGCUCAAUGGAUCCGCCAUCAACAUGUUCUAUUUCCUCAACACAAUCGCCGGCUUUGGUCGCAUGUCGCAUUUCUUCGAGUCCCUCAUCUCACCCGAGGUGGCCAAUGAGGCAAUGCGCGCCUGCGGAGCCUUCGUGCUCAAAGUACACGAACUGCAGCGAACGAUCGACACUUUGGUGUACGACAUGAAGCUCUUUCACGCCUGGAUGAUAUUCACUAUACUCCGGCUGUCGCAUCAGGAGAUUCCCGACGACCUGGUGCUCACCGAGGAGGAGAAUAUAGCAAUGGCCGACUUUCUGUGCGCCAUGGAACCCGAGCUGGAGGAUCGCAGCGAUGAUGAUGAGGGGGAAGACGAUGUGGAGCCGCUUUCCGAGGUGGAACUACCCCAGGCACGCAGCAAAUUCAAUCUGGAGCGAGUGGGCCAGUAUCUGGAGAAUGCCUACUUGUCGCAGCCGCACACCCGGGAUCCCAGCCAGCUGUGGGAGGAGAUGGUGGCGGAGAAUGAGUGCCUAAAUGACUGCCGGCUGUUCGUCCCGCACGACAAGCAACUCUCGCUCGUCCAGCAGCGCGACAAGAUGUUCAAUGCCAUCGAUGCAGUGUUUCACAAGCCAACGGAGAGCAUUAGCGGAAGUUUUAAGCUUUCCUCCGCCGUGAUUUGCAACGAUCUGCCGCCCAUGGAACCGGGCGAGGGGCUGGAGGAUCGGGAGAUAGUGACCUGCAGCUAUUACGUGAACGAGGCCGCGCGCAGCGACAUGUUGGCCUGCACGAUUAGCUGGCAGGAGGCCAUGAUCCUGGAGGUCAGUCGGGCGGGCGAUGGCCUGGUGCGCUGCAUGCGCAUUCAACUGGAGCCGGGAUUGUUCUCCUCGGCCCAUGAGGAUUUCUACAAUCUGCGCUUCGUCGAUUUGCAGUUCUACAACGAAUCCUCGCUCUCGAUUCUCGCCCAGUCCACGAGCGCCGUUUCUGGCAUGCGUCCGCACAGCUUCUUUAUACAAUUCUCGCUGAGUGCGGCGCGCAAUCAGUGCACCCAGCAUCAAAUGGGACCGCUGGUCAAGCUGAAGGAGGCCACCGUGACGCACAGCAUCCACGAUGUGGUCGAUGGGGCCGCCUUUAAGGGUUUGGAUGGCCUCUGCGACAUGCUGGCCGUCUCGGGCAGCCGGAAAGUGGCCACAGUGCUGUCCGAUCGCAAGCGCAAAAUGACCAUUUUCGAAAUGGAGAUCGAGGAGGAGGAGGACGACACGGAGAUGUCGCAGGCCUCGUUCCUCGAGAUCAGCAAGGAGUCGGUGCUGGCCGGGGUCGUGGAUUCGGAGAAGCCAGAUGGGUAGUUCUUUAGUCUUUAUAAAUUCAAAUGGAAUGAUAAUUAUAAUUUGAUAAUUUAAGAUC